UCGCCCUCCAUCUUCUCCUCAUCUUUCUGGCUGAGCCGCUCAAAACUCACUUUUCUUCUCAACUUGAUCUGGCUUGAUUUUAGGAAUCUGUUUUAUUUUGCGAUCAUCAGAUACAGCUGCCCAACAUGGCUCAAGACCCUCGAGUCCUUCUCCAAAAGGCCGACCAAGCGCUGAGUCGCGCAUCUGGUGGCUUCAGCUUCUUUGGUGGCCGUACCGAGAAAUACGAAAAUGCCGCCGACUUGUACUCACAGGCCGCGAAUGCCUUCCGAGUUCAGAAGCAGAACAAGGAAGCCGGUCUUGCCUUCGAGAAGGCCGCAUCCAUUCAAUCGCAAAACCUCAACGAACCCGACGACGCAGCCAACACCUUGACCGAGGCUUUCAAGGUCUACCGCAAGACCGACCCCGAGGACGCCGCCCGCGUGCUCUCCAGCGCUAUCCAGCACUACGUGCUCAAGGGAAACCUCCGUCGCGCUGCGUCGCAACAGCAACACUUGGCUGAAGUGUAUGAGGUGGAACUCGGGGACACCAAGAAGGCUUUGGAAGCCUAUGAGAAGGCGGCGGAGUGGUUCGAGGGUGAUAAUGCCGAGGCCCUCGCCAACAAGCACUACCUCAAGGCUGCGGACUUGGCCGCCCUCGAGGGCGACUACUACAAGGCCGUUGAGCACUACGAGCGCAUCGGCCGCUCUUCCAUCAACAACAACCUUAUGAAGUGGUCUGUCAAGGACUACUUCCUCAAGGCUGGCAUCUGCCACCUUGCGACGAACGAUCUGGUCGCUACCAACCGCGCCCUCGAAAGCUACCGCGACAUCGACACCACCUUUGCCUCCACCCGCGAGCAUCAGCUGCUCGUCGACCUGGUCCAGGCCUGUGAAGCAGGCGACCAGGAAGCCUUUGCCGAUAAGCUCUUCCAGUACGACCAGCUCAGCAAGUUGGAUAAGUGGAAGACGACGCUCCUGUUGCGGAUCAAGAACAAUAUCGAGUCGCAAGAGGAGGACUUCUCGUAGUGCUCUGUUCGGCGCUUUUUUCUGUUCUCGUUCCUGUUUCAGCUAGUUAUUUUGGGUUCUGAAAUACUUGAUAAACCGAGGAAGAGCCAGCUCUCCUGCUUUCGAGUUUCUAAUUGCAUGUGACCAUUUAUUCCUUCGGCCGGUUCCACGCUUAGAUGAAUCUUGCACUGUGCUUAUCUUUAUUCCUUUACCUUCCUCCACUUGAAUCACUUAUCGUCUAUUCAUGAUGACCUGUUCAGCAUCACAUCGACCCUACUUUAGGCUGUCAUUCUCAG